UUUUCGACCGUCUCUAUGACAUUUUAGAUCUCCGCAGGAAGAAGAAGGAGAAGACGAAGGAGAAAAAUGAGGCCGAUGCAGCUGGAUAUGCUGGCGGAGAUGGAUGAUGCAGGUUCUUCGAUGGCCAUGGACGUGGAUGAUAUCGAAGCGAUGGAGAUUCUUAGCGAAGGAGGACAUAUCUCUGAGAACAAGCUCGUCGACGCCGAUUUCUUCAACAAAUUCGAGGAUGAUUUCGACGAUGCUGAUAUCAACUGAUCCGGUUUGGGUUUUCCGCCAUUUCAAUUCUCUACAGUUUUAGAUCUCCUUUGCUUUUCUGGGUCAAGUUUCGUUUUUUUAUUUUAUGUAAUUUCCUUGAAGGAUCGAUGUAUGAGUGUCUUUGAGAUUUUGCGUUUGUGAUGUACUUAAACUCUUCGAAAUCGAAGUUAAUAUAACUCUUUAGAUUUCUUAAUCUCAGCAUUAAGUAUGA